AUGCGGGAUACUAUGGUUAAGAUUAAUGACCGUUAUGAGUUUCCCUUACAACUUGAUCUUGACCGUGAGGAUGGAAAAUAUCUGUCACCUGAUGCUGAUAGGACUGUCCGCAAUCUUUACACGCUUCACAGUGUUUUGGUUCACAGUGGAGGUGUGCAUGGCGGACAUUAUUAUGCUUUUAUCAGACCAACCCUCUCCGAACAAUGGUAUGUGUAA